AUGACAAAGAAAAAAACAGUUGGCUGGAGUCAGAAGUUAAAUCACGGAAAAGAUAUGUGUUGCUGCUUAAUCUAGCGCAGGACUGAAGAGGAGGAUCUGUGAGAGAGAAGAAGGAGCGCAGCAGCUGAAACAGUUUCUCGCCUUUUGUUUUCCUGUCAUAUCGAUAUGGAGUCAGCCAUUAAGACAGUGGUGACCACAUUUCUUAGUUCAGCCAGGGGGAAGGAGAACCUAGACGGGGGUGGCUUCCAGAAACUGGUAAAGAACCAGCUUGGCGGCCUCAUGCAGGAUGCAAACUGCUCUUCUGCCGUUAAGGAGAUGCAGCAGGGGCUGGAUGCCAACAAAGAUGGAAAGGUCAGCUUCCAGGAAUACCUCACUCUGAUUGGCUACCUGGCCAAUGCCCUCAGUCAGAGCAAGACUGGAGCUACUCAAGAUGCAUCAUAGAUUAACAACCCCCAACCCCACCCCUUUUUUUUUUUUUGCUUUGCUUUUUUUUUUAAUCUUUUCUCAUUUCCAAAUGCUCUAACCAUCAUGUAUACAUACAGUCCAUAAUUUCCAUCAUUUUUUAGUUAAUCAGCCAGUUCUAUAACGCUCUAAAUGUAUGUCCAGAUCAACCUUCCUUUCACUUACACGGUAUUGAUCUCCACUGUCAAGGACACAUUGAAGGACUCUAAGCUGGGAGUGUCUUUUUUUAUACCAAUUAUACAAAAGAUACUUACUGUAUUUUCAAAAUAAAAGCUUUAUAUAAUAAAACCA